CAAUUUCGAAAUGCUUGCUGCAGAUUCAGUCACGGUUCGGGAUUGCAGUGCCGCGGUACGUUCAUCUGUGUGUGCUGCCAUCAAAAUGAAAUAAAUUAAGAAAAGUGCUUGUAACUUCGUCAUUUAUGCAAUACAAUUCUUUUUUUUUUCUCGCUUUACUGUCUUCAGUUAACGUUCGGUUUGCUAUUUUUUCGUAUUUUCUUUCAUUUUUUUUUUGAGUGCAUAGUGCGGUUUUCACUACAUUUCAAUUGACUUUUCCCCAGUACCCGGCAAAUUGCGAAACUUCAAUAUUUUUCCGUGUUUUUUCUUUUUUUUUUUUUGAUGACAUAAAAAUUUAUACCGAAUUUUGCAAUUUCUCGCCAAAAUGGAAAGCCUUAUGUCAAUAUUUGAGAAUGCGGAUCCAUUCAAAACCUGGUGGCCAACCAUUGCCGCUGCAGUCGUGGGCUUACUGAUUAUGGUGCGCACCAUAAUGAGCGGUCAACGUUGUCCUAACGAUAAUCAAAUCAAGGAACAAAUUGUCAUCAUUACAGGCGGUAACAGCGGCAUUGGUUUCGAGAUAGCGAAGGCAUUAGCUACACGUGGUGGACGCAUUAUUUUGGCCUGUCGGAAUAUGCCGGCAGCGGAACGUGCAGCUGCUAUCAUAAAACGAGAAUUGGGCUGUCGUGCCGCGGCUGGUAGAGUCUUCUACGUGGAAGCACGUUACCUCGAUUUGUGCUCCUUUGACAAUGUGCAUCGUUUCGCACGGAAUAUCAUGAGCGAAUUCGAGCGCAUUGACGUGUUGGUAAAUAAUGCGGGCGUGAUUUUUCAACCUACAAACACAACUGUGGAUGGCUUUGAAUUGCAUUUGCAGGUGAAUUAUUUGGCGCAUUUUUUGCUGACACAAUUGUUAUUGCCACAUUUGCGUCGUUCUGAGAAUGGACGCAUUAUAAAUACUUCCGCCCAUGCUCAUGCUGCAGCCAAAAUCGAGUUUGAUGAUCCACUGAAUGUGGGCACAUGGGCUGUUAAGUUUCAUGCACGCGAUGCCUUCUCCCAUUCCAAAUUGUGUGUUGUGUUGGCAACACGCUGGUUGGCGCGAGAACUGAAAGAAAGCAACGUUACGGUCAAUUGUUGCACACCUGGUCUGGUCCGUGGCACCGCACAUUUGCGCAACUCUCCACUAAUGUCGGCCAUUUGUGUUAAAUUGAUGACUUAUCCAUGGAUGUGGCUAUUCAUGAAAAAUCCUACCGAGGGUGCACAAUGUGCCAUACGCUUGGCUACGGACCCACAACUGAAGCAUGUAACUGGCGAAUAUUUUAAUGAUUGUGAAAUAGCAGCAUCCUCCGAACCAGGCAAGGACAUGGAAUUGGCGAAAAAAUUAUAUAUGCAGACCAUGCAAGUUCUCGAGAAAAUAACCAAACUGCAAGUUUCAAAGGAGCUGGAUGCAGUGGAAGCUGACGCAGAACUAUUAUAGAAGUCGUGCGAUUCUGUAAACCGAAAGCCAAAUGCGGGCUAAGUGAAUUGAGUUAAUAUAUUUUUCAUAAAUCCUUCAUGCAUUUUUUAUAUCAUAUUUAUUAGGUUUAAGUCAAAAUUUACUAAAGUAAAUAAAAAUUUGAAUAUGACAUAAAUUUUAAGUUACUCAGACAGUUGCGCAAAGAACACAAACUAUAAAGUUUAAAAAUUUAU